CCACUGCGCGCAUCUGGUUCGCACAAGCCGUAAAUCACAUGCGCGUCACUGUCAUGCUCUGUCUCCGUGAGCUUGCAGAGCUGUAGGGUGUUACAUCAUCUCGGUACGGCAAAGAUCCAUGCGCGCCGAGUGUGUGCAGGAUGACUUUUACGGUGAUUCUUUACCUCGAAACAUCGAGCACGGCGCAGUAGGGCAUAGCGUGAGGCGCGAUUCGCACGAGGCGCCGCCUCAGACACGACAAGGGAUUCGAAGCUCGAGCCAGGUAGCGUGUCAGAGGCAUGACCCGACGCAUUGUCGUCUUGCACUAAUGACCACUAGAUUGCGAAUCAGUCCGCCAUUCCUCAACGCGACCGACAAGGCGCACGCAUCUCCAUCCCGCUUGGCACUCGACAACGAAUGCGGACUGUAUGAACAUCUCGAUUUCGUAGCGCUUGCCGCAGCUCAAGACAGAUCGCAUGGGUGCUCUAUUUGCGUUCGGCACCGGAUUGCAUGCAGUACCACACGAGAUCGAUGCCUGUCGCCCUGAAUUGACAGACGUGAACCCAGCGUGGCGUGUGCU